AUGUCUACGACGACAGCUUCUACGCCCUCUCCGACGGCAACGGCCACGACUACCGCUACAACUAGCUCUUCGGGCUCUCGUCGCCCGCCGAGGAAGAGCACUCUCACGCAGCAGCAGAAGAAUCAGAAGCGUCAGCGUGCAACCCAGGACCAGCUCCUUACUCUCGAACAUGAAUUCAACAAGAAUCCUACUCCGACAGCUCUUGUCCGGGAGCGGAUUGCCCAGGAUAUCAACAUGACUGAGCGCUCCGUCCAAAUUUGGUUCCAGAAUCGUCGCGCAAAAAUAAAGAUGAUUGCCAAAAGGAGCAUCGAAACUGGCGAGGACUGCGAACAGGUUCCGGAGUCAAUGCGCCACUAUCUCAUGAUGCAAGCCAUUGAGCAUGGCCUGCCUCUGGGCCGAAGUUUCCUUGGCCGCUCGACCGGUACCACGACCGCCUAUGGCAAUGGAAUUGUCCUGCCAGAGGAGUCUAGUAAUUCCGGCAAGACAGUCAUUCAGCAUUUUGCUUGCCGUUCCCUCAGCAUCGGCACCUGGCGCCGAGUUGGACAGCAAUCCAUGGACCUGGUUCUGUUCUACUCGCCUGACAAGGCCUGCGUCACGUACUAUAUUAAUAGCGACUCGGCUGGAUACAAGAUUGAAUAUCCAUUCUCGUACAUUAAAAACAUCAGCCUCGACUCUGGCGACGCCCUUGGCGAUGGCCAAGGCGGAAUUCCGCGACCAGCUGGUCUCGUCAUCGAACUCAACCGCUCGCCGCAGUUUUACACGGACUCUUCUGGCUCCGGCGGGUUUAUGCAGUGCGAAGACUUCACCGAGGAUCACCAAGCCUCGCAGAUGCUCGUGCAUCACCUCGGUGGACACCCCAAGGUCCUCAGUGGUCAGCUUGCAAAGCUGGUGUCGCUGGAGUCCUUCCAAAACCGACACGCUGCGGCUGCUUUCGACAUGAGCUUCAUCCCGCCCGCCGCUCCAGUCUCUCCCAUUGAGCAUCGGCCCGCGUCGCAGCCCAAUGGUCUAUCCCGCCCACACAUGGCAUUCCUUCAGGAGAGUCCGUUUGGUCCUGGUCUCACGCCCGGUCGUGGUCACAAGCGUACCCGCAGCCGGUCUGUUCCUGUUGCAAUCGAUUUCUCCGCCCUUCAACAACCCAUGCCUCCGUUCAUGUUUCAGUCUGAGCGUCCUGCUCCUCCGCCGAUGCCGACUCCGGACAUCUUUUCUCCCACGCCGCAACAUUUCAGCAGCCUGAAUGGAGUCGGCCCGGAUCUCCGAAUCGACACUUCGACUGGUUUCAACAUGGACUUUCGCCAAUACCCGCUGUCGGCGACUGCCACUUCUCCGUCCGAAUACGCAAGCCCGUCGUUUUUCGCGCCUGGAAGUCAGGCCGAGCCGAUGCCGCUGGCUAGCUUCAACACGCCGUACAAUAUGCCCUUCCUUUCUCCCAUGACAGACCCUACAUGCAUGGGUGGCCCGUCCAUUUCGCCGUUGUCCGCCAUGAGCCACGGCGAUCCUGUCAUUGCCGAUCAAUCGCCCCCGUUAUCUGCCAUGCACGGCGCAAAUCCGACAGACAUCUUCGCCAUGUCGCAAGAUCCUUCUGGCUUGGACGACGACGGGGUCUCACUAAGCGAUUUAUACUCGAAACAGUCGCUGGGACUACCCGUUCAAUCUCCAGGUCUUGACGGUUCCGACGAUUUCGACAUGCACAAUCUAGUGUCGUUCGGGACGAUUGACCCCUCGCAUCUGUCGCCUGAUAAUACUGCGCUAUAG